UCGUUUCCGCUAUUUUAUCUUGACGGGUUUCGCUGCUCCUCUUCCGGUCGAGGUUUCCGCCAUGGCUUCCCUGCCGAAUCGCCGAUUUCCUCUUCCUCUGAUAUCUCUCCUAGUUUUGUUCUUCUCACUGCGAGGCGCUUCUUCGAUGCGUAUGAUGGGAGGCAUCCAUGACUGCGAAGGAUUCCGGAACAGCGCCGAGAUCCUGGGGUUUGCUCGUUUUGCCGUGGAGGAGUACAACAAGAAGCAGAAUGCUCUUCUCAAGUUUACACAGUUAUUGAAGGCUAAAGAGCAAGUUGUAGCUGGUAAAAUGUACUACCUGACUCUGGAGGCUAAUGAUUGUGGAUCCAAAAAACAAUAUGAGGCUAAAGUCUGGGUCAAGCCUUGGAUGAACUUCAUGGAGCUUGAGGAUUUUAAGCCACUGGCUGAUAGCCCUAGUACCUCCUCACAAGGUGAAUGAUGAUUUAGUUUGCUAAAUUUCAAUCCCCACAAGAGAACUUCAUGGCGUGCACAGAUGUGUGGUUUUGUUGCUUCCUUCCGCAGUAUAUUUAUCGAAGUUCUGUAUAUAUGUGGUAUGAUAUUGUUAUAGCUUGUACAAGCUACAGAGUGAUGAGUGCGAAGAACGAACAAAAGUAGUUCUAAUUGAAACAAAUAGUGGCAUGUAUUUGCCGAUGUUAUUUUAAUAUUGUUGGUUUGCCCCCCAUGCAUUGUCUUGCUUCA